UUUCUUCUUUCAUUGAGAUCAGGAUGACGAGCCGUCAGUUGUUGGUUCUGGGGCUGGUGUUUGCAAUUUCCUUUGCAAUAAUUGGGAAGCUGGAUGCUACGUCAGUAUGUCCUUCUGGCAAGAUUUUUAGAUGUGCCAAUGAUUGCAGAGAUUCCUGUGAAUAUCGAAGCGGCAACAUAAUAUGCACUAUGGAUUGUGUCUUUAAGUGUGCAUGCCCACCAGAUACUUACCUCCAAGACAAUACCUGCGUUCCUGCCUCCCAGUGCCGUUAACUGCCCUCCAAACUCGCACUUUGACCAUUGUCCAGGCUUCCAGGACGUCCACUGAAACCCUGAAUGAGGAGCCAGUCCCUGAUAACAAUUGCUACCCUCGUUGUGUCUGCAAUAAGGGAUACGUCUUAUCAGAAGAGCAAUGUGUGAAAAUUAGUGGAUGUCCAAAGAAAGGAAAAUAACACUAAAUUAUGAAAGCUACUCAAUAAAGAGAAACUAUUGACAAAACUA